AGCUUAUUGAUGAUAAAACUUAUUAAUUAAUAAGAUUUUUAUCUAUAAUCUAAGUACAUAUUAUUAUCUAUUAUGUAAUAGUCCAUGUAAUACAUCAAUGACAAAGUAUUACAUGUUCGUUGUACUUCUUAUCAGUUUUAUUGCUUAAUUAUCUUCUUAGCCGUAAUAAGCUAUAUUUAAAAAAAAAUGAUGACAGGUAUUUAUUACUAACUUUUGCCUGGAUUUAGAUCAUAAAUUUUUUGAGCCAACUGCAUGACAAAUCUUAUGAUAUCUAUCUUUAGUCUGUACAGUGCCAGCCUGCACCAAACAUAAAUAGGUAUAUCAUUUAAGGUUCUAACCAGAAUGACUGUAUUUUAAAUUAAAAAAAAGCCUUAAAAAUUUGACUUCUAACGUAACUAAGGUUUGCACCAUACAGAGCUGGCCUGUUAACGAAAUUAUGUGUGUUCUAGUAAAGAAAUAUUGCAAUAGUGAACAUGUAGAAACUUUAUACAUAUAAAUAAAAAUAUAUUCGAACUUUACAGACCAACAUAAUCAACUGGACCUUUACCGUGUAUAUAAUACAAUGAACUACUAUACAACCUUACAUUAUAAGCCUGCUAUUGUCUUUUUUAAGUUGUACAAAUAAUACAGGUGUUAAUAGGUCAUAUAACAUACCUUUAUUUUAUCUCAGACGUUUCCCAUAGUAUAUUGGAAUGCAAAAGUUAAAAAUCACUUUUAGGCUCAAUUAAAAAUCAGUUUUGGACUCAGUUUUAAAUAUGUUUGCCAAGCCAAGAAGAUUUAUUAGAUGUAGCCUGCAGAUUUAGGGCUAAACCCAUCCCUAGAAGAAUUAAAAUAUGGAUCUUUCUGCCAAUAUUCGGUGUAGUUCUCAACAUUUCUUAUUGUAAGCUUUGGUUAACAGCGUUGAUAUUGCAUGUAUUUCAUUUACAGUUUAAUAGAGUGUAAAAUUGUUAUUUGACCCCAUUAAAUGAAAAAAAGACUCAAUAAAGUUCACGUGUGCUGAGCCUGAAAGAAAUUGUUUACGUCUCAAUAAAUUUUUAAAUGAACGGCAAUGGUUCUAGUAAUAGUGCGGGCUGUUCGCGCUAUGGCGUCGUUCGGUGCGCAGGCGGCGCUCCGCUCUCGUUGGAGCUCUCUCAUCGAGUCCACCAGCGUGGAUGUGCCCGGCGAGGUGACCGACGGAGUCAGGUCCGUCGUCGGAUGGCUGAAACAGGCGUCGUUAGAAGUGCGUCAGGUGGGCCGCAGGGCGGUCAACCAGCUGGCAGGCCGAGGCAUGGGCGACGACGUCCUCAUAAUACACUACAACGAUGUCUACAACAUAGAACAGACUACCAACACGGAGCCGGUAGGGGGCGCUCUUCGCUUCUCCACGGCGGUGAAGGCGCUCCAUCAUCUCAACCCCUUGAUAUUGUUCAGCGGUGAUGCCUUCUCGCCUAGUAUGCUAAGUACCUUCACAAAAGGCGAGCAAAUGGUGCCGGUUCUAAACGAAAUAGGCACGCAUUGCUCUGUGUUCGGGAAUCAUGAUUUUGAUUUCGGCCUUGAAAUCCUGUCGGGUUUGGUGGCCCAAUGUAACUUCCCCUGGUUAAUGUCGAACGUGAUCGACAAUGAGACGGGCAGACCGCUGGGGGACGGGAAGAUCACGCAUGCGCUGAUGUGCAACGGCCACAAGAUCGGUCUCAUCGGAUUGGUCGAGCAGGAAUGGCUUGACACAUUAGCGACAAUAAACCCUGAAGAGGUCACGUUUAUAGAUUUUCUACAAGCGGGGACUAAGUUAGCCUCCCAACUUAAACAAGAGGGUUGUGAAUAUGUAAUAGCCUUAACACACAUGAGAACACCAAAUGACAUUAAAUUAGCUGAGGGCUGUACAGAAAUUGAUUUAAUAUUAGGUGGUCAUGACCACGUAUAUGAAGUUUUACAGAUAAACAAUAAAUAUAUAGUCAAAAGCGGCACGGAUUUCAGACAAUUUUCAAAGAUAACUAUAACAUUUGGCCCCGAGUCUCCUCGCGUCGACAUAGUAGAAGUGCCAGUAAACAGUUCGUACGCUGAAGAUCUGACGCUGAAAUCUUUGACUGACAAAUAUUCAGCAAUGAUAGAAGGCAAAAUGGACGAGGUUUUGGGCAAGUUCUGCGUGCCUCUAGAAGGUCGUUUCUCGUGUAUCAGACGUCAGGAAUGCAACCUUGGUAACUGGGUGUGCGAUGUGUUGCUCGCCGCAACGGGGGCUGAUCUGGUCGUUGUGAACUCCGGUACCUUCAGGUCUGACCAGGUCCAUGCAGCGGGAGAUUUCACUCUACGCGACCUGUCAACUAUAAUCCCGAUGAGAGAUCCUUUGGUUGUCAUAGAAGCGAAUGGUUCUAUAAUCCUGGAAUUACUGGAAAACGCCGUCAGCAAGUAUCCCAGUUUGGAAGGCAGGUUUCCACAGGUAGCAGGCAUCUCGUUCGCUUUCGACCCUUCAAAGCCGCCGGGACAACGCGUCGCCGCGGAAGUCGUCAAAAUAGGCGACGAGUACCUCCAGCUGGAACAGAAGUACAGGCUGGCCGUCAAACAGUAUCUGUUUAACGGGAAUGAUGGGUUCACUAUGUUGCCCAAAUGUAAAGUUUUGGUAUCUGAGGAUAUGUGCCCAGAAAUCGGCAUGGCCGUACAGAACCAUUUUGCCGCGAUUGCAGUAAGAAGUGGGAAGGCGAGGCCUUCUAAACACAGGCAGUCAUUGGUCACUCUUAGCAGGAGGCACAGUCUAGUCAAAAUGCUGGAUGGCAGCGAGUUAGACGGCCCUCCGCCUCUCCGUCGGGCUUCCUCGUCUGCCACAGAGCCUACGCAUCCUCCUCAUCAUAGAUUAACACGACGUGCCUCUUUGGACGACUUGGAGCAGCGAUCGUGCGAGUUGGCGCCGAAGAUUGAAAACAGAAUCGUCGUCUUAGACAAGCCUGAGAAACUCCAAGCCCUUUUGGCCGAACGAGCCCGAUGGGAAUCCGACACGGUUAUCAAGGAAGUCGACGAUGAGAACUCCCCUUAGGAAAUACUACAUCCCUUACUCGGCUGCUUUAUAGGUUACCACGUGCUUAGCAGGAAGUUGAAUGAAUAAAUAAUAUAUACCUAAUUAUGUAAUGUUGCUUGAGAUUAUUGAAAAUUAAAUUUUAAUUACAUAUAUAUAUUAUAUGUAACUACACACAUAUACAUAUAUAUAUAGUUCUAAGCCCGCGGAUCCGAACGUGUAAAAUUAAAAAAUCUCGUUUGUUUCUUGUACAUACAUACAUAAAAUUACGCCUUUUUCCCGGAGUGGUAGGCAGAGGCCUCUUUCCACUUGCCACGAUCUCAGCAUACUUCCUUCGCUUCAUCCACAUUCAUAACUCUCUUCAUGCAAGCUCGGCGGUUUCGGGUACUCUCGACCUGACCCUUUGCCAGGACGUCCUUAAUUUGAUCAAGAUACGAUUUGAUAAGAUUCGUUUCUUUUCCCGCGGGAAUUCUGGGAAAUCCUCUCUUCUAUCUCCAAAACCUACAUACCAAAUGUUCUGUGCGUUGAAAUGUCUGCAUCGACAUAUAUCUCAAACCGUGAGUUCUAGAGGUUUUAAAUUUGCCAUGAAAGUUUUAUUGUAAUUAUUUUUUGAUAAUUAACGGUACAUUUAUUUACACGAGCGAAGCCACGGGCGUACUUUAGUAGUUCUACAUUACUCACUAUUUAUGGUCUGCCUUUUGCGUUCAUAGAAUCAUCUACCUCAUAUUAGUAUUGAUUCUGCAGUUAUAUUUUUUGAGGCUAUUAUCAGAGAAUUAUUAAUAGUUUAAUACGAGUAAUAUAACGUUUGGAACAUACACUCAUUCCUUUCCCCAAUUCCGGACCAGCCUCCGUAGUAUGGCACGCGCGAUGCCGUUUUUAUCGCGCGAUUAACUAUCGCUAUCCCGUUUCACGUCAUAAAAAAAGAGAGAUAGCGAUAUACCCAGGCGUCAUUAUAAAGCUGUCUUCCGACUUAUAACGAAUUAAUUCAAAUAAUUUUUAUUUUAUUUUUUCAAAAAAAUUUUUUGCUUAUACUAUGUAUUUGGUAAAACAUGAAAUACAUAGGUAUGAUGUAUUUCAUGUAUUACCAAAUGCAAAGAUUUACACGUUAUUUAAUUUUUUGCAUAUAUUUUUGAAUAACACACCCGUCUCCAUUCGGAUAGGCGGAUAUUAUUAUCAAUUGCACAUAACAUAUAAAUUAUAUUUAUUGUUCAUGUAAAGGAGAAGUUAAAAUGUUAGUUCAAACAUAUCACGAUCACAAAUGCAAGUAUGAUAUAUAUUUUUAUGCACAACAACAUAAUAAAUGUUAUGAAUUUCUUGGCCUAAUAAUAGUAACCUACCACCUAAAUUAGAUUAUAUUUUCAUUGCAAGCAAAAAAAAAUACUAUUAUUAUUGCGUUUUCACCCAUGGGCUUUUGGGCUGAGUGUGCGCCGUUGAGUUUUGUUGUUUUUUUUUAUCUAUUGACUGUUUUCGUAAUUUUAAUAUUAUAUAAUCUUUAAUCCUUAGAUUAUCUCCCUCGAGAUGGCGCGAAAAUUUGAUGUCAACUGUCAGAGAGGGAAAGCAAGAUAUUGAAUAAAGUCCAAAAUGUUAUGUAUGUAUUUAUUGUUUAUUUGAUUUUCCUAAAUAAAACUGUUUGCAGUGCCUUCUAAAGGUUAUAUACAAGAUAAUUUUACUACUACAUAUAAUUAUAGUAAUGAUUUUGCUAUAACUUUACAGACUAUUGAAAGUACAGUCGGUUACAUAAAUACAUUUUAUUUUAAUUUUUUAUGCAAAUAGUGUCAUUUAUUAGGUACGCGUUUUUUUUUCAACUGCAAAAGUCUAGGGUUCCUAUUAAAAUUAUAACACGGACUUUUGUAAGUGAUAAGUUUUGCCGUUUUAAAUAUCAAUUUAUUUUUAUUUAUUUUCUUAUUUUUACAAAAUUAUACCUGUUAUAUAACUUUAUCCAAACAAUUUGUUUUUUUAUUUCAUCUAUAAAAGACCGCUGGUAGGUUUGCUCAAAUCAACAAAUCAACGAAAUAACUGAUUGUACUUAGUAUUAACUAAAGUAAUAAUAGAUAUUAUAAUUUAUCUAAUGUUCAAAGCUUAUAAUAGUGCUUAUGUGUUAUAUGCCUUAUUUUCAAAGCAAUAAGAUUGCUUUCUAUGUAGCGAGUUAAUGUCGAUGUUGUAACGUUUUCUCGUGCGACUGUACAAGGUAUAUUAGCUAGGCGAAAAUUGUAUUUGUGAAAUGAAUAUUGUACAUGUGAAAUGUAUGAGUCCAAAUAUGAAAAAAAAAGCAAAUUUGAAAUAGGUUCAAAAAUGGAAGAUGUUCAUAUGACUCACCAAUUUAAUUAAACUAAUAUUUUAAACGAAACGUUAUUCCUCGUACUAUCUCUAUCUAGGCAUUGUAGUGUAAAAGAGAUAGCAAGUGAUGCACUGCUGGUAUAUGGAAUUAUAGAACUUGCUGGUGACUAUAUAAAUUACAUACUGACUUUAAACUUUCACUAUAAUUUCGACUUAUAUACUUAGAGGUAUAUCAAUGCAACAUAAUUCAAUAAUGAUCUUGAAUUACAAAAUAAUGAACAUAAUAUUAUGUACUGAACUCAAUCUUAUACGCGCCAAAAUGCAAUCUUUUGUUCUUUCUUUCCUUUUUUUUUACCAUGAAGAAUUAUUUCCAGCCAUUACUACAAACCAAAAAAUGAGAUUACAUUUCCUUUUUUAAAAUGAGUACACCUAAAUUAUACAGCAAGAGAACUGAGAUAAAAUUAUUUUAACUUGAAUGUUUGGAGAUUAAAUUUGAAAAUGCUUUAAUAUUAGAAAUUAGCAUCAAAAUUGUGAGAGAAGGUAAUAAAUAAAUAUUGUGAAUUAUCAAAUAUUUUCGUGAUAGAUUUAAAUAGGAUUAAUCGAAGACUAUUUAUCUAUUAUCAUAUGUUUUUACAAAUGUAUCAAAUGAAGGUAAAUAAAAAAAUUAACUAAUGUCGCAGCCGCCAUAUUGAACGUUAUUGAAUUGCAAUAACGCUCGGAAAUAAUAAUAAAUUCGGACAUAAAUCAAAAUGGCGCCCGUUGGUACACAUAUUGAACCUUAUUGCUAAGCAUUUUAGUUCAUUUUCGGCGAAAUAUCGCAGUAUAAAUACCCAACGCCUUUAUGCAAACCUUAUUUUGAUACACUCUGUAAAACACAUAAAAUUUGGCGUGAGGCAAAAUGUAGGAACAAGGAAUUUUAGGAAUACAAUGUACACAUCGCCUCUUUGAAGCCGCCUGUUAAAAAUUGUGCCGUGUGGUUCCCGGUACCAUAAGAAAAAAUAAUAGAAUCACUCCACCUCUUACCCAUGGAUGUCGUAAAGGACGAUUAAGGGAUAGGCUUAUUUAUAAAAUUGGGAUUCUCUUUUCAGGCGAUGGGCUAUCAAACCAUCACUAUUUGAAUCUUAAUUCUAUCAUUGAGCCAAACCGCCGAACGUGGCCUGUCAGUAUUUCAAGACUGUCGGCUCUGUCUACCCCGCAAGGGAUAUCGACGUGAUUAUAUGUAUGCAUGUACAAUAUUAAAUAAUAUAUUAGUAUUAUUUAGAUUCCUUGUUUUCGGAGGUAACAUCAAAUAUUUUAUUUAUAGUUUCUAUGUAGUCCUAGUAAAGGACUGUUAAUUUCUAAAAUAUAUCUAUAUUAUAUUAUUAUAUUUAUUUGUUUUUAUAUUUUUUCUCACGCCAAAUCUAUACCUAUUCAAGGUAUUAUUACGACGGACAGUAAAUAUAAACGUCCUUAUUAAAUGUUGUGAUUAAAAGACAUGCACAAUUUAGAAAGUGCACAUAUUAUAUAUAUACACUUGAGGACAAAAUAAUGCGCUCAAAUAUUAAUUUUUAUAGGUUAAGUGAUAUUUGAACUGUUUUUUUUAACGCCAUGAACGCCAUUAGACAAACAAGGUGUCUUUUCAGAUAUCAAUAGACGUAAAAAAAAGGUUACAAACCCAAAAAAAACUUGUUACCAAAUCGAUUUCCAAAUACUUGUAACACGAGUACAGUUAACAGCAUAUCAACUCGCCUUUAUUACCGCGUCGUAAAAAUACAUGCAGCGCAACAUGAUAUGCAGCUGACUGUACCAGUAUUAAAACACAAAAUGUACAGGCAGAGAAAUGAUAACACGUUUUAAAGUUUUACUCUCAAAGUUCAACAAGUGAAAUGCGACAGUGAUGAUUUAACGCGUCGAGCAAGUAAACGCUAAUUUGUAUGUGAUUUGAUCAGCGCCAUCUAGUUGUAACGCGAUGGCACUAAUAAUGGUAACUCCAUACAAACUCGCGUUUACUUGCUCGACGCGUUUGAUCGAGUUAAACUCGCACUAACCCCUCUGUUUCAUUAUUGAUGAUUUUGGCCCAAAAAUUGUUAUAAUAAGUAUAUUCAUUUACUUAUACUUACCGAUACUAUCAAUUUAUUUUUCUCAAGUAUUAUUUAAGGGGAAAUGUCACUGAAAGUACAAAUAAUAUGUUGCUAUAGUUUAAAGUUUUAUAUAGGUAGGUUAUAUUAAUUUUUAACUAACACACGAAUCUUUCAUAGACUACUAGUCACUAAAAUAUGUUGUAAAAAUUAAUAUCACAUAUUUUAAUGAUUAUUUAUAUUUAAGCCAUAUUUGUUGAAGUAUUCAUUAUUUUUUUAAGGUGUUACUUUUAAGGCAUUAGAUGCCUGAUUUUUCUGCUAGUUAGUAUGUUUUGAAAAAAACUAAUAAAUGAAUGAAAUAUGUACAUACUUACAGCUGGCCUUACAGUCUUUUCUGAUGGCUCUGUCUACCCCAUAAAGAUUAAAGUUACAAUUGAGCUAUCAACGUUCGCGGCGGAACAUAGAUGCCAUUGUAUGAAAUGUAAAAGUUAUAAAAUUUGUUAAGGUAGAUAUUACAGUCAACGGCACAUCAACCUGCCCUAAUUCACUGCAAACGCGCCCCUAUUACUGCGUCAUAGGGUACCUAGAAGGGUAACUUGAUAUGCGGUUGGCUGUACUUUAUGUUUCAAAUAGUAAUUUUGUCAAAAUUACACAAUUUUAAUUGUCACCUGGAUGAAGUAUGACAUUGUUUUGUCCUCCAAUGUUUAGAAAGGUUGUGACGCAGUUUAUCACUUUCGCAAAUGGUCAUCGCUGGAAAUUUUUGCAAAUAGUUUAUAAUCCACACAUAUUUAUCUACCCUCUCUUUCAAUCCUUGACCUUGACCAAAGAGAUGGAGAAAGAGAGAGAAGAUAUAGCAACGGUCGUGAGAAGACUGGAUAUUCAAUGUCUAUAAACGUUGCAAAAAACGCUGGUGAAUACCCAGUUGGUCGUAAACUUGUAAGAGCGUCGAUACUCGAUAGGUGGCCGAUUAAAAUUCGUAAGUACCUAAUGAAGGCAUAGGUUCAAAUCAUACCUCAGCCAUGACUCUUAUGAUGAAGGAUAACAUCGUGAGGAGCCCUGCAUAUUCAGGCAACUGGGUGUUUAACUAUGAUCCAAUAAUUAGUGAAGUUCCCAUGCAAAGGUUGCGGAGCUCAAAUGGAAGUCGCUUCGUGUAAAAACCUGACUCACCCAAAUCAUGGUAAAAAGCCGUACCCGGGGCUUUACUUCCAAGAGUGGUAAGGUUAUUAACGGGAAUAACGCUAGAAGGAAGAAAAUAAAGUUGGAUUAAUCACCUACUACCUACAUUCUAUUGUUCCAAUUUCCAUGUCGAUUGAAGAAAACGAUUUGCGAAAAUGCCAAAUUUACCAGCAAUGACGUUUUGCGAUAUGACGCAAUGCGUUGUAACCGCUUUAGAAAUAAGAGAGUACUUGAAUCUGCACGCCACUGUAGUCGUAAGUAUUGUUUCGAAUCAACGCUAGUAUCAUACGAAUAUGUGAUAUAUUUUAUUAAUUUUGUUGCUAACAAUUCAUGGUUGUUUUAAA